ACGAAACCGCCUUCUCAUCACAGACAUUUGCCAAGUCCUCAUCGUUCCUUCGCCCUCAUCUGCUGCAGCUUCUGAAGCAACGAUUUACCGCUCUCCAUCCUCACGUAGAAUGGCGGAACAACCUUUUAGACCCCGCGAGAAACUUAUUGAGAAGCAAAAAUAUUUCCAGAGCAUUCACAAGCACACUUAUCUUAAAGGGCCAAUGGAUAAAAUCACCUCUGUUGCCAUUCCAAUUGCUUUAGCAGCUUCAUCACUGUUUCUAAUCGGACGAGGAAUUUAUAACAUGUCGAACGGAAUUGGAAAGAAAGAAUGAGGUCACUGUCUUUGCAUCUAAAUUUCAAAGGGUGUUAUGACCCUUGUGAAAUUUGUUGUUGAAGCAAUUUUGUUUAAUAAAUACUUGGUUCCAGAUUGGGCUACCAGUAGAAUACUGGAUUUGUUGCUUAGCUUUCUACUCGUUUCUCGAUAUUGAACUGUUUGUCUCGGUUUUACCAGCUAGAUUGUUGA